AUGACCAAUCAGUUGGAAUUUCCACGCAUCGCCAGAGGCCCGUCCCUCAUCGGCUCUCAAGAUCUCAUCUACUGGCGUCAGCACCACUCAAAAGGCCUGUCCACACGAAAGAGCCCUCUUGUCGUAGGAAUUGGCGAAGAGUGCGACCCCGUCUCCAUCCACGGCGAUCACACGUACAUCUUGGGUACCAACCAUCUGUGCGCGCCCAUCGAAGUAUUUCGAUCAUUCUGCGACCCGCAUUGUGCGCCCACGAGAGGCUUGUGGUCUCCUCCACUGCCCCCGCAAAAAUCUCUCCGCCGGAGUUCCGCAGACUUCCCGCCCAACAUCGACCCGCGCCCCGGGUCCCGCUUCUCGUGGAUACCAAGUCCAAUCCUUCUAAGCACACAAGCCCCAAUGCAGCCUGAUCGCACGGACUCCGACGCCUCCUUCCCGUCGACAGACGACGUCGCGAUCCACGACGCGUUCGCGGCGGCCCCGCGCGCCGUCCUCGCCCACGUCGUCGACGUUCACUGCCAUCCGACCGACUCUCCCACGGACGCGACGCACGCCGCGGUCGCCGAGUCGCCGAUCCGCCUCUGCGCAAUGGCAACGCGACAAAGCGACCAGGCGCUCGUUGCUGCGCUCGCGCGCGCGCACCCUGACAGGGUUGUCCCGUGCUUCGGGUACCACCCGUGGUUCUCGCACUGGAUCUCGCUCGAUACGCCCCCGAAGCCCAAGGAGGAGCACUACCGCGCGCUCUUCCUCGCCCCGGCGCCCAACUCGGACCACGCCGCCGCCUUCGCCCGCCUCCUCCCGCUCCUCCCGGAGCCCCUCGCGCUCGCCGACGUGCUCGCGGACCUCCGCGCGAACCUCGCCGCGUUCCCGCACGCGCUCCUCGGCGAGGUCGGCCUCGACCGCGUCUGCCGCGUCCCCUACGCGCGCCCCGCCGCCCCGCCCUUCUCCGCGUCGUACGCGACCGCGCCCGAGGACGACGACCGGCCCGGCGCGCGCGCGCGCUCGCCCUCGCGUCGUCGAGCGCAGCUCGCGGUCGCCGUGGACCUGCGGCGCGGCGCGAGCGUGCACAGCGUGCACGCGCAGGCGGCGACGCGCGCGCUGCUCGACCGGAUGAAGGCCGCGCACGGCGCGCGGUGGCUCGCGGUGAGCGUCGACCUGCACAGCUGCGGGAUGAGCGCGCAGACGUGGUCCGAGAUCUCGACCCUCUGGAGCCGAGGUGUGGGGGACGCUGGGGAACGUGCAGUUCUUCUCGCCAUGGAACUGUCGGACAUAGUUCUUCGCGGGUUCGAGGUUGCGUGGCGACCGACCGACGCGGGUGCCCAACAUUCACUUCCACUGACGGACAGUAACCGGGCUAAAGCGCACCCGAACGCCUUCCUCUCGCUCUCGACCGGGAUCAACGCGCGUUCGCCCGCGUACCGUGCGCUCGCCGCCGCCUGCGCGCCGGACCGGCUCCUUGUCGAGUCCGACUACUACGACGCGCGCCACUCUGGGCCGUACACGUGGCACAUGCUCCGCACCGUCGCCGCCGUCAAGGGCUGGCGCGUCGAGGACCGCUGGGACUACGCCGACGCCGACGUCGAGGGCGCGAACGAGAAGAGCGAAGAGGAGAGGUGA